GGCACUCGCCCGGUUUCCCAGUACGGCCCCUCGGGCGGCAGCAGAGCCACCAUGGCUGAUGGUGACGGUGGUGCUGCCGAAGUGACCAGCCCGCGGGAGUCCCCGGGCCGGGCGCCGCGGGUGCCGCGCACGGUCGGGCCCGGUAGCGGCGGCGGCGGCGGCGGCGGCUGCGGGGAGACCCCUCGGACGCCGGUGUUGGCGCUACGCUUCGACAAGCCCAUCAAGCAGGCCUUCUACAACACCGGGGCCGUGCUGUUCGUGUGCCUGUGCUGCGGCGCCGCUGUGCUCGUCUACUUCAUCCUGGAGGCCUUCCUGCGGCCGCUGCUGUGGGCCGUGCUGUGCGGCACCUUCCUGCACCCCUUCAAGAGCUCGCUGACACGCCUGGGCCGCCACUGGCUGCAGCGCCUGCACCGCGCGCACACGCCCAUCGUGCUGGCCGCGCUGCUGCUGCCGCUCUGCUUCGCCGACUACGGUGUCGAGGCCUUGGGCGAGCAGGCUCUGCGCCGCCGCCGGCUGCUGCUGCUGCUCGGCGCCGGCGGCCCGCUCCUCUACGGCCUCUACAGCCUGGGCAGCUACUUGGGCGUGCAGGUGCUCCUGGCCCACAUCGGCGUGCUCAUUUGCCGCGGGCUGGACUACUUCAGCAGCCUGUGGAUCUGGACGUUGGUAGUUGGCUAUGUGUUGACUGUUUCAUUCAAGUGGAAUGCAAGCACUGAGCGCUACUUGAGAGCAGUUUCAAUUCCUGUCUGGAUUAUAUUGCUUUUUCAUUUAGCAUCUCUGGCUGGCUCAUGGAGAAUUCCAGUAUUCCUGGUUAUUGUUUUCCUGAUGUCGGUGGGCACCCUCUAUGAAAAACAGAAUGGAAAAGAGUCUGCUGGGGCAGAGUUAUCCGGGCAAGUCAUCUCCAUGGCCGCGUCUACUCUGGCAACCUUGGCUAUCUCUAUCACAGGAUACGAAUCGAGCGCUGAAGACCAGCCCUCGACUCAGCCUGAAGAAACCAUGGACAGAGGAGAACCCCCUCCAUCAUUGUCCUCUUCUUCACCUUCUACCCCUUCACCCACACUGGGCAGACAAAAGCCUGAAAUCGGAACGUUCCUUAGAAAGAAGAAAACUAGCGAUGUCUACUUUGUGGCUCUUGUUUGGGCCAUCAUUGCUGUCCAGCUCUGGUUGAACCUGUGGAUUGUGCAGCUGUUGCCAGUGCCGAUUGCAGUCUGGAUACUCAAAAAGCUUGUCAUUCACUUCGGCGCCGUGCACUUCCUGGAGAAGCGCUGCUCCGAGUGGUGGCGGGCCGUGGAGAGCUUCCUCAAGGAGCGGCAGGGCGCGCUAGCGCCCUGGCCGGUCAUCGGGCUGGGCAAAUUCUUGUUAAAAGUCGAUAGCAAGCUCUGGCACUGGCUAAAUAAGAAGAUGAUCAUCUGGUUGGAGAAGAUGUUAGACAAAAUAAUUAGCAUUUUCAUCAUAUUUUUGUUAGUGAUAGGAACCCUUCUUUUAGCCCUACUCCUGACUGCAAAGGUACAUCAAGAGAGUGUACACAUGAUUGAAGUCACAAGCAGUUUGAUUAAUGAAACUCUAGCAAAUCACCCUGAGUGGGCAAAUUGGCUUCCUGAGGCUCAGGUGGUCCAAAGAGCCCUCAAUUCUGCCGCUAACAAUGUGUAUCAGUAUGGACGAGAAUGGAUAACCCACAAGCUUCAUAAAAUUCUCGGUGAUAAGGUGAACAAUACUGCUGUGAUCGAAAAGCAAGUACUAGAACUCUGGGACAGAUUGUAUCAUUCGUGGUUUGUAAAGAACGUAACGCAUUCUGGAAGACACAAAGGACACAAGAUGCACAUAAGUCGUCAGAAUAGCUGGCUGGGAGACAUUCUGGACUGGCAGGAUGUUGCUUCCUUCGUCCACGAGAACAUUGAGACAUUUCUUUCUAUCUUAGAGUCUCUGUGGAUUGUUAUGAGCCGGAACGUGAGCCUGCUUUUCACCACUGUCACUACGCUCCUGACCAUCCUCUUCUACAGUGGGACGGCCCUCCUCAAUUUCGUGCUGUCUCUGAUAAUUUUCCUGACCACACUAUUUUAUCUGUUAAGUUCCAGUGAUGAGUACUACAAGCCAGUGAAGUGGGUGAUAAGCCUGACACCACUCUCUCAGCCAGGUCCUUCCUCUAAUAUUAUUGGCCAGUCUGUGGAAGAAGCUAUCAGAGGGGUGUUUGAUGCUUCCCUCAAAAUGGCUGGCUUUUAUGGACUGUACACCUGGCUGACUCAUACUAUAUUUGGCAUCAAUAUUGUCUUCAUACCAUCAGCUCUAGCAGCCAUCCUUGGAGCAGUGCCCUUUCUGGGGACGUACUGGGCAGCGAUCCCUGCAGUUCUGGACCUGUGGCUUACACAAGGCUUGGGAUGCAAAGCUGUCCUACUGCUGGUUUUUCAUCUCUUGCCCACAUACUUUGUCGACACUGCCAUCUAUUCUGAUAUAUCAGGAGGUGGCCACCCUUACUUGACCGGCUUGGCCGUGGCUGGCGGAGCAUACUACCUGGGCCUUGAAGGAGCAAUCAUCGGGCCCAUACUUCUCUGCAUACUUGUGGUUGCUUCCAAUAUCUAUAGUGCCAUGCUUGUGAGUCCCACGAAUUCAGUGCCCACGCCAAGCCAGACGCCGUGGCCUGCUCACACUCAGCGGACUUUACAGGACAUUUCUGAAGACGUGAAAUCUUCGAUAGACUGACAUGGCUUCUGCUGCAGUGAUUUCUCUAGGGAAUUCAUCCUUGACUGUGCGUUCGGCUCAGCUGUGGCCUUCUGUCCAUUCAGUUGUGCCUAGCAAGCAGAGCCCAGGAAAAGAAGCAGAAGCCUCCUGGCCUUCCAUACAGAAUGCGUGGACAAGAGUGAACUUGCUGUGGGCUGCUUUGCAUUUUAAAGCACAGCUUCAGAACUCCAAAAUGUGGUUUGCUCACCUCACUGUUGCUGAGAUGGCUUGAAAAAUCUCAGUUUGUACACUGGUACCAUGGCUUGAAAUUUUCCUCUUUUGCUUAUCUAUGUUCUUAUUAUAAUAUGUAUUUAUCAAGUUAUUUUUAAGAGCCCUUAAACUUUUCACCUGCUGUUAAAAGGGCAGACAAUGUCAUUUUUCUCCUGCUUUAAGAAAUCUUCAUAUGCUUUUCAAUGACAGUCACUUUUCAAUGAAAAGGUCCUUCACUUUUGAGUACGUAGUUGCUUGAGCAGGACAAAUGAGUCUUCUUCCCUUCUCCCACAGCGCAUGGUCCUCUCUAAGAAAGAACUAAUCUUAAGUGUAAGGGCAGAGCGGCUUAUUUCAAGUUCAGUUAGUUGUAUGUCGCAGCCACAGGAGAGACAGACAGGCUAAAAAUCUUUCUCCACUUUCUUUUUCCUCAUCCCCCAUUACGCUGUUGCCAAAAUUCUAAAACUUGGCAGAUCACAUGGAAGUGAAAUACUUAUAAGCUGCUAUUAAUGGUAAUAAUAUGGUAGAAUUUAAGUUGUGAUUUUUUUUUUCUUUUGAAAUGUGUCACGUGAAAAAUCUCAGGUGCAGCAGGACUCUGAUUUGUUAAAUGUACCCCAGUUUCAUUAUUUGGAAUUCUGCCACUGAGUUAUUUAUAACCUAGAAUUUUGUAUUUAUGUACCAUUUUUCCAUCGUUAAGCACAGUGCCUUGCACAUAAGACUCUCUAGGUGAAUGCUUGUUGAAUUAAAUUGUGACUUUUUAAAUAUGCCAGAUAGUACAAUAACCAGCAUAGUGCUUUACAUUUUACAGAGUCUCUUUGAGUAUAAUUAUUUCAUAAAAAUAUCAUAUAACCUUUCAUAUAGCUUUAUCUUGUUUUAUAACAGUUUCACACAGAUGGGGAAGCUGAGGUUCAGGAGAGUAACCAACUCAAAGUCAUAAAGUUUAAUAAGAUUUGACCUCAUAUCUUCUGAUUUCAUAAGCUUUCAAACUCUGCUAUAUGGUAGAGUUUCUUCUAAUAUCUUACAGUGUUUCUAGUGGAAUGAGAUAGAAUAGGUGUCCUUGGAUGUGUCCUAUAGUUAAUGACAGAGCUGGGACUAGAACCGGACUCUCAGCUUUGUGCCCUUUCAUUGUACAAAAGCAAUCAUCAGGCUCUUUCUCUGUCCCCACGGGAAUAUGGAGGAGAAAUGGUUCUUAAGUAUCAGAGAUGACCUUUCUGGAAAACAAAAGUAGAAAUCAUUUUUUCUAAAACACCUUCUCACUAAGAAGCAUUGUUAGCGAUAAUCAGCUUAAACUUACUCUGAUAUUACUUAAGAAAAACUCCAUCUGGAAGAGAGUCUAUAAUGAAGUCUUUGUUUGUACAGUAGACUACCUGCAUGUCUCUUACUUUCACUAUGAAUCCUUUAACGAUUAUAAUUUGAUAUAACACCAGGUGUUACAUUUGGCCACUAAAUAACUCACUAUUUUCUUUAGUCUGUUGUUUAAUCAUUCAUUCAGUAAAACCUUUGCUGAGAGUUUGUCAAACUCUAGGUUGCAUGCCAGACACUGUGCAGGGUGCUUGCUGGAGGGGACAGCUAAUGAGAAUGCCUUCCCUCGCAUUAAAUCUUAGCCAAAUCAUACGUAUUGCUAGAAUGAAAUUUUGCAUUAAAGGUGUUAAAAAGGAAAUCAGGUUUGCUUUUGUUAAUUGUGUAAAGAUAAGUUUAUAGCUAUAAUUAACACAUACUCAUAAGAGGUACAUAUUAUAUACAAUGAGUUAGGCUGCAUAUGUAGAUUAUGUUCUUCCAAAGUUCUUUGAGCCGUACAAAGUGAUGUUGCAAAAUCUCAGCUUGAGCUAAUGUAUGGCUGUCGCUUGUCCUAAUUAUUUUUAUGAAUACGAGGCUCUCAGUGCAGGGAUCUCUGUUCUCUGAGAGAAUAGAUUGUGCCAGAAUGAGCAGCGAUGUCACAUCACCCUGAACAUCAGGAACAGAGGUGCCCCACAGUGCUGCGCAGGAGCCGUGAAGUGCCCCAGCUCUCCAGCAACUGCAAGGACUGGGAGCCCCCAGAAACAGAAACAUGUCCCCUCGGUUAUAGUGAGACUUUGCAGAAUUUCCACAGGGCAUGGAGAUCAAGUGGUAUGAAAAGGUAGGACUCUCAAGCUCAAGCCUCAAAGAAGACCAGCCCUCAGAGUGUCAGACUUUGACCCAGAAAGAAGGAUAAAAGGCAUUGAUGAAGUAGAUGUAGCUUCAGUAAAAACUGAGUACUGAAAUCCUAUCACAGUGUGUUGCAUUUUACUGCUUUAUUAAAGAUUAGUUCACAUUUCCUAUUCAGUUGUGAACUGAAUGGAGGAGGAGAUAAAAGCUCUCCACACAAAUGUGGUCCUCUCUUGAAGAGAACAACGCUUGUGAUACUCAGCAUAAACUCCGUAUCAUGUAAGUCCUGCUUCAGUUCCAAAAUUCUUAUCACACUCUUUCUGGAAAUGAUCUCCAUCAGGGAGCUGCCUUAGAUACCAGUCUUAUUUAUGUUUAAAUUUGCAAGGAGUCCUACACCCUCUUCCAUUAGAGGUGGUUAGCUGGCGGGGUUCCCUUGCUUUCUGAGACAGGUGUAGAUCGACUCUGAACAGUGGGAGGGUACCCAAGAAUUGUUAUGGAGUUCCUGUGUUUAAACAAACUCUGUAGCCCUUGGAAAUAGCAGCUGUUUACCAGUUAAAACGGGCUGCUCAAGGGCUUGCAGAUAAGGUCCUCUGGCUGACCUUGGUCUUAAUGGGAACCUAUUGUGAAGCCAUCCUGACCCUUCAGGGCUUCCUAGUACUGCUGUUCUCCCUUUCCUCGUACUUAGUGCUUCAGGAUGUGUCACUGCUGGGCAAGAAACACUCAAAUUCAGGUCAUGCUUGUUAGAUUAGAGCAAAGUAAUUUUAGGUGAGCUAUCGCAAGCUUUCAACCUCAGGUUUAUAGCAAAUACCCCUUCCCAUACUCUGGUCCUGACCUCGAGUCUCCUCUAAGGGUCUUGCAAGACCUACAAUAGAAAUAGUCUCUGACAGCAAACUUCCAAAUGCUAGUUAGUUCCAGCUAAGAACAAGUACUUCUGUUUUUAUUAAUUUUUUGCCUUUGCAUGUUUCCCAUCAAAAUAUAUUCAUUUUAUUGAGUACCUGCAAAAAA